CAAGAGAAACCCAUCUUGUCAGGAAAUGUUGUUAUACACUCCUGAAGAUGUAACAGAAGAUUGUUUUAACACAUCGUUGAAUUGCUUCGUCUCAGAGAUGAAAGUUGUAGACUAUGAAUUCAAACUCAUCUGUAAAAUAAUUGUUGAAUUUAGUCCGUUCUUAGCCAAUGCUGAACGUUUUGAAAAUUAUAAAAGCAAGAACAGCUGCACAACAUGCGAAGAAUUUCAAGAACAAAACAUAACAGUAUUUUUAAAUGCCUUUGUAACUCUUCUACAAAAUUAUUUGAAGACAUCAACACAAACAUAUAGUUAAUUGUAAAUUUUACCUGUAAAUAAAUGUAAAUAUGUAUAAACAUUGAAUUUUAUAUUUAACUUAAUGCCAACCCUCUCACUAAAUACGCUACAGAAUUUAAUGUGACAAUACAUAUUUUUAUAAGAAUUGCUUAAUCAAUUUUGUUUUCAUUUAUAUAAUUCUCAGUUUCAUAAACAAUGAAGUAUAAUUUGUUCAAUACAAAGAAACUUUGUGUUAGCUCCUGCGUACAGAGCAAUAAACAUUUUACUGAGCAUGCCAAGCUAUAUUGGUUUCCGAAUGAAGAUUGAUGUGAAAUGAAUUGUAUACAAAAACAGGGAUCUAAUGCUGAGUACAUGGUGAUGAGAAGGCUGCAUUUGGAAUAUUGUGAGCAAUUCUGGGCACCA